GGUGAUAACCAGUAACCUGCCCACUGCCCCUCAGACCCCCGCCAGAGGCUUCGCAGCGCUGCAGUGGGAGUGGUGCCCCCCAAACCGGCCUAGAGACAUCCUGCCUGCCGCCUCGAUGACAACACCACCGCCAUCACCAUCACACCCAUCACCAUCAUCGCCAUCAUCACCACCACCACUACCACCACCACCACCACCACCGCGUUCCCUGCCGGGCCAGACCCUCCCACAGCCCUUGAGGACCCGCGGGCUCUCCCAGCUCACCAGCAGCCUCUACAUAGGGAAUGCCGUGGCCGCCAACAACAGGUACCUGCUUGCCACCAAUCACAUCACGACCGUCAUCAAUAUCUCCGGGGAAAUCAUCAACACGUUCAUCGAGAACAUUCAAUACGUGAAGGUACCUGUGAGCGACUCCCCCAGCGCGCGCAUAGGCGAUUUCUUCGACGCCGUGGCCGAUUACAUCCACGGCGUGGAGCUGCGCCAGGGCCGCACGCUGGUGCACUGCCACGCGGGCAUCAGCCGCUCCUCCACCGUGUGCAUGGCCUUCCUGAUGAAAUACCACUCGCUCUCGCUCCUCGACGCCCACACCUGGACCCGGGCCUGCCGUCCCGUGAUACGCCCGAACAACGGCUUUUGGGAGCAACUGAUUCUCUACGAGUUCAAGCUCUUCGCCAGAAACACCGUGAGGAUGAUCGACUCCCCGCUGGGCAGAAUCCCGGAUGUGUACCAGAAGGAGUACCAGCUGAUGCUGUCCCUGUGAGCGGCCCCGGCCAGCCCCUGACACCUGCUGUGGAUC